AUGCAGCCUGAACCGUUCGAGAUACAUAUAGGCGACGAUGUUCUGGACGAUCUUCACAGGCGUCUCGACGCCACCCGCUGGCCCGACGAACUGCCGGGAACCGGUUGGGACUAUGGCUCCAACAUGGACUACAUGAAGGAACUCGUGGACUACUGGCGUAAUGACUUCGACUGGCGCGCGCAGGAACGGCUCAUCAACUCGUUCAGCCACUUCAAGGCUCCGGUGGGAGGCUUGGGGAUACACUUCAUCCACGAGAGGGGACAAGGACCCAACCCGAUGCCUCUCGUCAUUACGCACGGCUGGCCCGGCACCUUCUUUGAGAUGCACAAGAUAAUCCCUUUGCUGGUCGAUCCCGCUUCUCACGGAGGCGAUCCCGGCGACUCAUUCGAUGUUGUAGCGCCGUCUCUGCCCGGCUUCGGCUUCUCGGACCACGCUACCGUGCGAGGCAUGGAAGUAGCGAAGACCGCCGCCCUUUGGGAUGAGCUCAUGACGGGAGUACUAGACUAUCCCCGCUUUGCCGCGCACGGUGGCGACAUCGGCGCCGGCGUUACAUCCCGCUUGGGGCGCGGGCAUGCGGGCAGCCUGAUAGGAAUUCACCUCACUUCCGUCACCAGGCCCAUACCGUACCUGGGCGACGGUUCCCAGGAGCUGUCUGACGCAGAAAAAACACACAUGCGCGAAAGAGAGGAAUGGCAGAAUGCAGAAGGCGGCUACGCGCACAUCCAGGGCACAAAGCCGCAGACGCUCGCCUACGGUCUGAACGAUUCACCCGUCGGCCUUGCAGCGUGGAUUGUUGAGAAGUAUCGCUCCUGGAGCGACUGCGAAGGCGAUGUCGAGAGGCGCUUCAGCAAGGACGAACUGCUAACAACUGUAACCCUCUAUUGGGCAACCGAAAGCAUCAGUUCAUCCACCCGCAUGUAUAAGGAAAACCAGAGAUACACAUGGACGAUGGAACGUGACGAAAAGAUAGAUGUCCCCACGGGUGUAGCGGCAUUCCCGGCCGAGAUAAGCCGCCCGCCCAGAGAGUGGGCUGAGCGCUCUUAUGACUUGCGGCGUUGGACGCCAAUGCCGAGUGGUGGACACUUCGCCGCCUUGGAGGAACCCCAAUUGCUCGCCGAAGACAUCAGAGCAUUCUUCCGACCUUUCAGAAACGCCUAG